GUUUAUAUCCUCAUCGUGGCCGGAGCCGUCAUGAUGGUGGUCGGGUUCCUGGGCUGCUGUGGAGCAAUAAAAGAAUCGUCCUUCAUGCUGGGACUGUUCUUCGUGUUUCUGCUGAUCAUUUUCGCCGCUGAAGUUGCCGCUGGAAUCUGGGGUUUGUCUAAUCAGGAUAAGAUUGUGUCCGAUGUCCAGCAGUGGUACACGCAGAACUUCAACAAUUACAAGCAGAGUCCAAACGGGCCGAUGAAGGAAACUAUGACCGCCAUUCAUUAUGCAAUGCAGUGCUGUGGACUAACUGGCCUGUUCACUGAUGGAGUAUCUGACACCUGCCCCAAACAGCAGGGUCUUGAAGUCGUCAUCACAACGAGCUGCCCAUCUGUCAUUAAGGAAAUGUUCACCUCUCGGCUUCAUGUGAUUGGAGGAGUCGGCAUCGGCAUUGGCGUGAUCAUGGUCUUCGGCAUGAUCUUCAGCAUGUUGCUGUGCUGCGCCAUCCGACGAACCCGUGACAUCGUAUAAACGGCGGUUCGCCACAAGUGUCUGAUUUCUGCUUUUCUUUUUAUUUAUCUUCGUUUGUGAAUGUGUGCGAGUGGUUGUCCUGUUGUAAACGUCUAACCAAGAAAGUCCAGCAUUAGUUGACCACUUAAAAACUGUUACAGCCCGUGCAUAUGAGGAGUCUGAUUUUAGUUUCUUUGUUUCGAUUAACAUUUAUUUCGUCUCUUUGAAUGCACUAGCAAGCUUUCUGGCAUUCUUUUGUAACAUUUUACAUUUAUUUUAUGUACCCAUACGGGUGUUUGGAGAGAAAGUAACAUGUAGUAAAUUACCAAUAAAGUUGAAGACUGAUCGA